AUGGCGUCCAUUCUGAGUCAUUUCGGGAGGCUUUUUUCAUUUGGUACAGAACACACGAAAGAAAUUGUUCCAUCACUCGAUCCUCGUAAGCUGCUACACUUUCUAGGACUACAGUUAGGACUCCUAAAGCCUGUCACAGCGCACAAAGUCUUUUUGGUCAACAACAGCCCGAUUCUAAGUAUUCUUGUUCACGAAAAAAUCUUCGAGGUUGGUAACGAAGGAAUUGAAUCUUUAGAAUCAACUCUUCGGGAAGAGUUAUCAACGAUUGAGGCUCCAGGACAGAGAAUCGAUGGCCUGCCCAAAUUAAACGUGCCUGAAAGGCCAACUCCAGGGACAGAGAAACUGACUACGGGAGGAGAGGCACAGAAUAUCCACAAUUUUUUCAAAGCAAGUGAACCUGCAGAGCUAAUUCCAGAGGCGGUAGAGUCAAGUUCUGACGCUGAGGAACAGGAAGAUAAUCUCUCAGAAAAUGGAGAGUAUGAUGAUAUCAGUGGUCUUACAUCGUGCUGGACUCAAGCUGCGUCAAUUCUUGAUAAAGUUCUCUAUGCUGGCGAUCAACCUGCCUUUGCCAACUUUGCCAACUUCAACUUUGAACCAGAAUCAGCGGAUCCUAUACCCCCGGAGUAUGAAGCAGCCACUGAAUUUCUCCAUGCAGCAUUGGUACAGUUCCCAAUACCACCAUCUCCAACCCAGUCGAGAGUAAAUGCUUGCCAUAAUACUCAGGAAGAUCCACCAGGAUUCGUACCCCCGCCUCUUACCGAAGAAUCUCUUAACAACAAUGCACAGGCCCUCAGGCCGUUGAUUGCCGUCCCUUCUCAUCCUUAUCCUUAUAUGAAGAACCCCGAGCACCCUGACCCGGAAUCCAUGCCCAAUGAUCAAUACGGCGCACCACUGGAGUGUUGGGAUUGUUGUGGAGACUGUGAAGUAUACCCCAUUGCGAAUGGGUCAAGGAUAUGGAGGGUCCAUAAUUGGUUUGAGAAGUACUUUACGCAUCAUGACAUGUAUUGGGGCGAUUUUGGGAAAAAUCCAUCACACCCAUCACUUAAACACCCGGAGCCCGGUCCAGAUGAUGAGGAUACUGGCCCUAUGAUUGUUGGGAAGCGCCAACACGAUGAAGAUUUCCUGUUGGGCGCCGAAGGAGUUGACGAUUUCCUUCACUACAGGUUCGUAUAUUUCAAUGAACCCGAAGAUGUACACCAGGAUAUCUGCACUCUGCUUGUUCAGUACAUGCAGCUUGGAGAAAGAGUUGACAAACCAGAUCUCAACCUUUCCUACUACUACGGGGAACGUUCGAACGCCAUCCUGGCCGAGUACGAGCCCCGCUUCCUUCCCAACGUCGGGUUCAGUUAUGAAGGUAAUAAGUUGCAGGUGCUUCAGUAUCCAGGAAUAGAUGACAUGACUAGACCGAUAUGGGAGGCUAAGGGCUGCCCGGUACCGAUGCAGGCUGAUCGCCAUACUCGUAUGGAGUACGCUAAGCGGGAAUAUGACCGACAGUGGACUAUGUAUCGUGCACAGGAUGAUGCACGCCAGCGAUAUGUCCAACAGGUGAUGGAAGCCGCCCGUUACGAAUACAUCCAGAGGAGGCUUUUGGCGUAG